AUGAGAUCACUUGUCUCCCUUUUAUGGCUAGCACUUUUGUCGUUGUUGUCGUUGUUGUCCACCAGCACUGCGAUUCUUCAUGGCGACGAACAAUACACUCGCAUCGAAGGAGGCCACUUUUGGACGUUCCAUGCGGCCGGCUUGUCCAUUAUCAAUCCGGAAACCUGUCUGAUUGAACACGAAAUUCGAGCCGAUACCCGUGGCAACUUUUUACCCAGUCGAUGGGCCGAUGGCGUCUACAUGCAGAAUGAUCCCAAUGGCCUGGGGACGGUGGGAUAUCUCCUGAUUGGUUCGGGCGAAACUACCUACGAUGGCAUGGACAAUCCAAGGGGGGAAGUCCUUGUCUUUUCCACUCAAAAACAAAAAGUCGUCACGAGACUCCCCACAAAGGGUGGAAGUCACAUGCACUCCUACAGCGUGCACAACGAAUAUUGGACUCAAGGAAUGGACGGGAAACUAUAUGCCAUCGAAUUGGAUGUCUUUGGAUCCCUCCUGACGCCGAUUGUCACACGAACUAGGUCUAUCGAGUUGACAGAAACAAUCUUUGCCCUGCAAGCACCUACUGGUACCGGUGGUGGUACUAAUCGAAGUGACGAAACCAAUAAUGGUCGUAUAGGACAGAUUCUCUGGGAUGAAGAUCCCUAUUUGGAACGACAUGGCUACAUCUCUUCGCGGGGUGCGUUUCUCCAUAUUGUCGAUCUCGAGACCAAACAACAAGUGGCGGUAUUUGACUUUUCCCGCUACUUGGACCAAGGAGAAUGCACCAGUGGAGGAGGCUAUGGACGCGGAAUGGCAUAUGCCGGUUUAAGCAAACACUUGUUCUUUCAAUGUGGACGACAUGGACCCGUUCUAGAACUCGACCUGGGGCAGUCGCCACUCCAACCCACAUUUGUUGCAAAACACAACAUUAGUGGAUUCCUUCAUGAAAUCAUGGACAAUGUCAUUAUCGCCGUCGACAAGCGACAAAACAAGGUACAUAUCUUGGAAACCAACACACCCGGGCAAGCCAGUAGUAUCGAAUACUCCGUGGAUGUCCCAGGACAUCCCGACCGGCCUACGGUUUACACAUCAUCGUCCGACGGCCACACCACCAUUUGCAUGCCCCUCACGGAAAAUAUCAAUCGCAACGACCGCGAUUACAAUGGCGACAACAUUGCCUGCGAUGCGUUUUCGUGUGGACCACCCCAAACACCGCGAGAUGUGGCCGCCGGAAUGUGUUUUUACGAUCCAGCCGACAAUAAUCGAACGCUCCUGCGGGCGCCACUGGCUGAUUUUCAAAAAGUACGAGACGAAGAACCACCCUAUUUGGAUCGGUGUCCGCGUUGCAAAAAACGAGACUCGUACUAUGGAGGAGAUAUCUGUACGUGUACGCCGCAUUGUGGCAGUUGUGGGACGCCGCGGUAUAACAGAGAGGAUUUGAACAAGACGGGUGUACGGUGUGUUUCAUUGAAUCAAGUCUUGUCCUCCAACAACAACCAAAAUACAGCAGCAGCUGCCGUCACACUCAUUCCAGGGGCAGGCGCCGUGCAGCAGGAACCACCCAGGUUCUGGGAACCACAGUGUUCCUAUGGUUGGACUCAUCGGGAUAGCAAACGAGGCGGUCGGUAUCAGGCGUCAGUGUCGCACAUUCCCGCCAAUUCACUCCAGAUUAUCAAUAUGGACACACAAACUCAUCGAUGUGAAGUCGACUUGCCGGGAAAACCCGAUCGUGUACUGUACGUGCCGCCUCAGCUCGGUUCUUCUUCUUCCGGGAAAACCGUAGCCAUGGAACAGGAAGAAGAACAAAUGGAACGGGGCAUUUUUAUUGCGGUGGGCAUUAUUCUGGCAAAUAUUGUCAUGGUGGGUGUGGUUCUAGCCGUACACAAUUCGAGACGGAGAAUGUCCUCCGCACAACAGCAACAUUCUCCAAAGGUCGGAUUGGAUCAGACCACGGCAGCCGACUUGGAGUUGUCACCUCCGCGAGUAGAAGAAGACGAACAAGUCAUCGACCCUCUGCCGCAGAUUGCGUAG